AAUGGUGAAUGAAACCCGCAUUGAUCCAAUCACGGAUCGGUGUGUUUGGAUCAAAUGAAUAUCAAAGGCCAACCAUUGUAAGAAUACUUGAACAUGUUUUUGGAAAAUGUCAGCCAGCGUCGUGUCGUCUUCUGUAAUCAAGACCAUAUUUUCAUUCAUUCCCGUUGUCACCUCGCCUAAAUCAAAAGAUUUACAGCUUCUUUCAGUAGUGUGGCCCGAUCCAGUCUUAUUUACUGUGCGAUUCAAUUUCGUUCAUCUUCGCUGACAGUAAACCCUUCAAUUUGUUUCAACAUGCCCGGGCACAUAGAGUAUAAAUGAAUCAAUAACGUAUGCAUGUGGGAUGCUAUUAAUAACAAUAAAAAAACAGCAUGUGCUACCCCCUGGUGGAUUUAUUUUGCGCUACUGUUACUGUUGGCACGCAAUUUCCCAUUUCUGCCUGGCAGCACUUCUGAAACUCAUAUUUUCAGAAUUUGAACAGUUCAUCAACAGUGGUCGAAUUUGUCAAACUGCAAUCACUGCUGUUUAUCCAUCAUAUGCAUACACAUUCUUGGGUGAUUUGAAGAGUAAAAAAAUCUUUCGUGAUCACACUGAAAAAAAAUAUUCCUGCCUUCAACAAAUAUUGCUCAUUAAAAUCAUAGAUAUAUAAAAUACCUAGACGCCUCAUUGGCCGCUGGAUCGUACGUCAACGUCGCCGCCAUCUUGGUGCGGGCAACCAUCAUUCACGUGGACUCGAGAAAAUGCCUCAGUCAUGUGCUGCUUGCUGUACAAACCGCCGCACAAUUGAAAAUAGGUGUCGGGGAAUUACUUUUCACAGGUUUCCCAAAAACAUACAGUUGAGGAGGCAGUGGGAAGUAGCUCUAAGAAGGGAAGGUUUUUCCGCAAGCGAGUCCUCCGUGCUAUGCAGUGAACACUUCAAGCCGGAGGACUUUGACAGGACAGGUCAAACUGUGAGGAUUAGGGAUGGAGCUAAACCAUCGAUCUUCAGUUUCCCCCCUCAUCUAAACACAGUAGGUUUUAUCGUCACUGGAUUAUAAAGAUUUGAUAGCUUGUCAUUAAAUAGUUAGUGACAUAUAUUUAAUAUUUAUUUUAGCCUGUAUUUUAUAUGUCUAUGAUUAAAAUAAACAUAUUUUACUUAAAAGGUUGUGUUUUUAAAUUUACUUAAUUUGAAGCUAUAUUUGCGGCACAAGAUAUUGAGUUUUAACUGUUCUCAUAAUAAUAAAGAAAGUAAACAAAUAAUUUUGAGUGAAUUCGACGUUAAUCUGGAAUUUAGUAAACCCAACAUAAUUUUUUAAGAUCCUCUGGGACACCACGUGAUGUAACACGUAAAUGAGUCGAAUGAGUGAAGCUCGUCGACAAAGUGAAGAUUUUUGUAAAAAGCUAUUUCAGAGAUAAGUAACUUUUAACAUGGUGUUAAAUCAGUAGAAUUUUUUGUGUGUAUUGUGUAUGUCAAGUUUUUGUUCAUUUAAAGAAGCUACAUUUUCAAUAUACUAUAGCUAGCAAAGCUACAGUAUAUUGAACCUGUGCCUGCGUGAGGCUACCGUGAGGCUAAUUAACUCAGGAGUCUGAGCGGGCUGUAGCAGCGAAUCCUUUAGAUGCACAAGAGUAAACAAAGUAAAUCACCCUUGCCUCUAUUAUUUAUCGAUCAUUAAUAAACAAGCUACAAUACAACAAUCAUUAUCAGCAGUCAUAACAGUUCUCGUAAAAUCGUCGGGAACAAGUGGUGGAUCGAGGCAUAGGCGAUGCAGAGCUGCAGUGUUGUCCCUGUGCUACACUUAACCGCUACCUCCCACUUCUGCUGUCUGUCUGCACAUUAAAAACUGUUGGUUUGUGCGUGUUUGUUUAUUUAUUUAUUUAUAAACAUUGCUUUCAUUGGGUAAACUUAGCAUAACUGUUGUUAGCUCACUUCAAGCUGAAGUUUUUAAUGAUUUAAUGCAAAUGUUAUUUAAAAAAUAAAUGACAGUAAAUUAACGUUAUUUAUAGAAUAUGUUUCAUGGGACACUCACAGGCUGCAUGCGGGCACCGUGUUGGAGACCACUGGGCAUAGCUAAUCGGUGGAGAACAUUUGAGAACGUCUGAUACUUUGCCUUACAAAAAUGCUCAGCUUUGAGACAGACCCAGCCUUUUAAGACUUAAUCUUUCUCACUUCUAUCUGGUCAAGGUAGUUUCUUUGUUAAGGAAGAAUUAAGAAGAAAAAAUUUCUUUGUGACAUCUGACUUGGAUAGAGGUAGGAACACUUACAGUGAUUUUUUUUGUUUAAAGAUGAUGUAGCAAAACUUGUGUGUCCAUGUACUGCAUAAAUUCAGUGAGCUUUAUGAGCUUUAUGCCAGUUCUUAUCAACCAAAUCCAAAACCACAUCUUUUGAAUAGGAUAUUGUGCCAAAAUAUAAAAAUAAUCUGAAUUUAAUGGUUCACCAGAUCACAAGUUACUAAGCUUGUAGUAGUCUUUUUUUGUUCUCUUUUUUUUCCUAGUGUCAAAUGAAGUGGCUAUGCAAAUUUUGUGGCAUAGUAGUUCCACAGAAAGGAGCCCUCCUGAAACAUUACAGAUUAAAUCACGAUUAUUUAGGACGGCACCAGUCACGGUCAUGUCUGCAUUCUGAUUGCCCCUGUUCAUUUAAGACUUUGAGUGUGCUGCAUGAUAAUGAUAAUAUAAUAUUAGAUAUGAUCAUAUUAGAUAAACAACUACAAUGCUUUACUCCCCUUGAAGAGACUGAACUAAUUUCACUAAUUUCAUCAUCAAAAUCAUCAACCUGUAUACUAGAUCCUUUACCUACUUGUUUCCUCAAACAGAUAAUUCCUGAAACAAUCAAACCUCUUUUAAAGAUAAUCAGUUCUUCCCUUAGCAUUGGCUAUGUACCUAAAUCAUUUAAAUUAGCAGUUAUCAAGCCCCUGAUUAAAAAACCUGACCUUGACCCCUGUCAGCUGUCUAACUAUAGACCAAUAUCAAACCUCCCCUUUAUUUCCAAGGACCUUUAUUUCCAAGGUCCUUGAAAAGGUUGUAGCACAGCAGCUAUGCUCAUACUUACAUAGGAAUAACAUUCAUGAAAUGUAUCAGUCAGGAUUUAGGCCUCAUCAUAGCACAGAGACAGCACUGGUAAAAGUUGUAAAUGACUUACUACUGGCCUCUGAUCAGGGUUGUGUCUCCUUGCUGGUGCUGCUUGACCUUAGUGGAGCUUUUGAUACCAUUGAUCAUGCUAUUCUCCUCGAUAGACUAGAAAAUGUAGUAGGCAUUAAGGGAACAGCCCUUUCCUGGCUCAGGUCUUAUUUGACUGAUCGUUAUCAGUUUGUAAACGUAAAUGGUGACUUCUCUUCUGAUACUAAGGUAAAGUUUAGUGUCCUGCAAGGCUCUGUCUUAGGCCGACUGCUCUUUUCUCUAUAUAUGCUACCUCUGGGUAAAAUUAUCCGUAAACAUGGUAUUAGCUUCCACUGUUACGCUGAUGACACACAGUUGUACGUUUCAGCAAAGCCAGAUGACAGACACCAGCUUAAUAAAGUUGAGGAAUGUGUAAAAGACAUUAGAAACUGGAUGCUUAUUACCUUUCUCUUACUUAAUUCUGACAAGACAGAAGUACUUGUACUAGGACCACAUGCAGCUGGAAGUAAGCUUUCUGAUUACAUAAUAACCCUGGAUGACCUUUCUGUUUCAUCAUGUGCAGCAGUAAAAGACCUUGGUGUGAUUAUCGACUCUAGUCUUUCUUUUGAAGCUCAUGUAGAUAAUAUAACUAGGAUUGCUUUCUUUCAUCUCAGAAAUAUUGCUAAAAUAAGAAAUAUAUAGUCACUACACGAUGCAGAAAAAUUAGUUCAUGCUUUUUUUACCUCUAGGUUGGAUUACUGUAAUGCCUUACUGUCUGGAUGUUCCAGUAGAUGAAUAAACAAGCUCCAGUUAGUCCAGAAUGCAGCAGCGAGAGUCCUUACUAGAACCAGAAGAUAUGACCACAUCACCCCUAUCUUAUCCACACUGCAUUGGCUCCCAAUCAAAUUUCGUAUUGAUUAUAAAAUACUACUAUUGACCUAUAAAGCACUAAAUGGUCUCGCGCCUCAGUACCUGAGCGAACUUUUGGUCUUUUAUGAUCUGUCACGCCUACUUAGAUCAAAAGGUGCAGGCUAUUUGUUGGUACCUCAAAUAAUGCGGGCUACAGCUGGGGGUAGAGCUUUCUCUUACAAAGCCCCACAGUUAUAGAACAGCUUUCCACUUAGUGUUCGGGGCUCAGACACAGUCUCAGUGUUUAAGUCUAGGCUGAAAACAUAUUUGUUUAGUCAAGCCUUUUGUGAAUAGAUUUCUUAGGUACAGGGGCAGGUCUGGAGGGUUUCACAGGCAUAGAGUGUUGUGGUGAACUGGGAUGUUUGGAUGCUGUCGCCCCCCCACUCUCACACGUUCACUCAGGUUUGUUGACGGUGGAGUGGCUGGCUGCCUUAUGUCCCAGGGUGCCCUCAUGUCUGUAUUAGCUUCUGGCUCUCCCUUUUAGUUAUGCUGUCAUAGCUAGUCUUGCCGGAGUCCCUGCUUGCACUCUGCAUGCAAAGUACAUCAUGCUUAACCAUUAGAGCACAAAAGCUCACCUAACAAUCUCUUCCUUUCUCUCCAUCUCUCUCUCUCCCUCACUCUCUGUCGAGCUACACAUGCUACUUCUGAGAUGCCAGUGAUGCCAGUGAUCCUGACCCCUUCUGCUCCUCCUCGCUACCUGACCCAUCCUGAUGCCCUACUUCUGGUUGGAGUUCGCAUCGGUUGAGAUCGCUCGCUGCUGCUGGGGGUGGCCCCAUAUGGACUACCUGAAGAACUGUUUGGAUUGCUGGGGAUGGCGCCACCUGGGGGCUGUGGAGAUGGCAUGGGGAUCACAUGUGGGGAGCUAUACUGUAAUGGCUUGGGACUGCGAUUGCUGUAGUGGCUUUGGGGCUGCAGUUGCCAUGAGCAGCUUCGUACUCAGGACUCCAUCAGUGGACAGUGGAUAGAUUUUAACCAGCCGGACUUCUUGCAAAAACUGUGAUGAAUUUAUUGGUUGCACAAUUGCACUAUUUGUCCAUAUAGUACACAAUAAUAGAAGGGAUUUAUUUAUAAUUGCACUAUCCGUUGCACCCAGAUGAGGAUGGGUUCCUUUUUGAGCCUGGUUCCUCUCAAGGUUUCUUCCUCAUAUCAUCUUGGGGAGUUUUUCCUUGCCACCGUCGCCACUGGCUUGCUCAUUAGGGAUAAAUUCACAGUGAUAAAUUCAAAUAUUUACAAUAUAUUUUUGUGAAUCCAUUUAUUUCUGUAAAGCUGCUUUGUGACAAUGUCCAUUGUUAAAAGCGCUAUACAAAUAAAAUUUAAUUGAAUUGAAUCAUCUGAGCUGUCAAGAAACUGUUGAGUGUCUUUUCAGUGGUUGUGAUUUUCGGACAAAGUGUAUGGAACAUUUGCUUCUCAUAAAUGUAGAAAGCAUUCAACUCAUUCAGUAACUGAUUUUAAACCUACAGUGCUGCAGAGAACCUCAGAUCCUGGUAAUGUUGUUGAUGGUGUAGCUAACACAGAGGAAAGUGAGGAUGACAGUUUUUAUUUGGCAUUGGAUGAGCAGGGUGAAUCUUUACAAAAUGCUGCUGUAAAAAAAGUUGGUUCUUUGCUGCUUAAAUUGGAAUGCCUCUUCCAUGUGCUAGGCAACUGCAUAGAUCAGUUAGUAGAAGAGCUCCAUUUUAUUUCAGGAGAGGCAUCAGGUCAAGCAUUUAGAAAUAUUAUUGAACAAACCAUAAAGAAACACAAUUGUGUUGUUGAUCCUUCAUUAAUCACGGACUUGGUAAAAGAGUUUUGUGAAUCAGGCCCAUUAAGCACAGCAGUUGGGGUAGAUGGUCCCUUUUGCACUGGGUACAAAAGGAAAACGUAUUUUAAAGAAAACUUCAGUGUUGUUGAGCCUGUGGAGUACAUCACUGAUGCGAGCGAAAAAAGGAGUUUUCAGUAUGUUCCACUUCUUAAGUCUUUGUCUGGACUCCUAAACAAUGAGAAUAUUUUGAAAAAAGCUAUGAAAAAUGAGGUGUUAAGAUCAGAUAUGCAGUACAGAUCUUUCUAUGAUGGCACAUACUUUAAAGACAACACAUUUCUCUCUGGAGACGAAUUUAGGGUUUGUGACACUAACUACGGUUGAGAGCAUUUGACCACCAUCAGAUGCCUCGUCAGAUGCCUCGUCAGUUUCGGUUAGAAACAUCAGAUGACACCGUGUUGCUUUUCUCCCCAGAGAGUCCUGGUCUGCGAUCACAACAUUGGCCAUCUUGUUUUGAUAUUCCUCAAUUUCCUUAUGAUACAGAGCUGACUCUGAAGUCUAAAUGGAGUUCUUCUCAACGAUCACACUGUGAAAUCUCAGAUUGGUGACACACUAGUUAAGAAAAUGUUCCAGCAUUGUUCGUAUCCCACCAACAAGUAGAACUUUUUCAAGUCAGAGGAAGGAAAUAGUUGAGGACAGCCCAGCCAUAGAGCAGCUGAUGAAAAGAUGGCCUGCAUUGUUUCAUAGCACUCAGGUAUCUUGUCGAAGGUUUUAUAUUGUGCAGAGGGAUUUUGUAUUUCAUUCCUGCACUUGAAUGUCCUUUUGCUGUUGGCAGAUUUAGUUAGUAAUGGAAAUAGAAUAUGAUAUGUGGUAUUGGUAUAUUUGUCAACAUCAUUGUAAAUUCAUAAUGGAUUGGAAAUUGGAGUUGACAUUGUUAAUUCUGUCUUUCUUUGAAGAUCAAAGAAGAAUUCAAAAGAUUGACCGGUGUCGAUCUGGAGUCAACAUUUAUAGGAAAUUUGGACAAUUACAUGGAGAACCUCCUCUGUUUCGCACAAAGGGAGGAAGUGCUGGGUGCAAAAUCCAUAAUUUUAUGAAAUUGCUGGACCAGGUAUCAUUUGCUGGAAAUCUUACAUACCUCUUUUCAGCUAUUAAGCUACGGGUGUUCAGUCUGAUGUGUAGUGCAUAUUGUCAUUUUGUCAUUGACAAGCUUUUUGGAUGUCUGCUGGCAAAGUAGUGAUAUGCUGCUUGAUUGUGUACCUCUCUGAAAAUGCUGAACAUCUCACUGCACAUUACAUGGUUAAUAAACAUGGUUACUUUUGUGUUUUUACAGUGCUGCAGUCCAGUGAAAAUGUUUAACCCUUAAGUAAUUUUGCUUUUUUUUUUUUUUAAAUGAGUAUCAUCAGAUCUUCAACCAAAACUUAUGUAUGCGUAAAUGUGACCUUUCAUGUUAUGUAACACCCAGUGAAAAAUGUGAUUGCCCCCUUAGUGUCAAUAACUGGUUACACCCAAAUGCAACCAAAUGUAUUUAUUUUCACACCAAUGUGGAGGAAUUUUUGCCCACUCCUCCUUGUCCCCAGGCAACAAAGAUAAUAAAGGAAUACAUCUUCUCUUAAUUUUAUCUGUGAAGUUACAAGACGUUGCUUGUAACUUCAGUGGCAUUUUAGCUUUAGCCUAAGUCUGUCAGCAUAGCUCC